AUGCUGGUACGUGGGCUGGUCAGCCGCCUGACAGCCGAUGUUACCAGAACAUCAACACACAACCUAGCCCAGCCCGCGCGACUGGUACAGCGGAUCUCCCUCGCACACCAUGCCAGCUCACAAGUUCUGUCACGGUGGUCCAGUUACGCGCUACCAUGCGGCGCCCACCUAGUCCGCCGUAGUUACGGAACUGCCGUCUCCAAAGUUUCAAGGACCAAAUCGACCGGCACCCAGACUGCGGAUCCGCCGGCGAAGAGGGCUUACAAGAAGAGGACUGCAUCAACCACAACCCCCGAACCUGGGAAGGCGGCAACACCUAGAAAGGCAACAGGGAGACCCAAGAGGACGGCUGCACCUAAGAAGAAGCCUGCACCCAAGAAGACAAAGGCGAAGCCUAAGGCCAAACCAAAGCCGAGGAAGAAGGUGCCCUCAGAAAAGGGACAAGAGAGGACAGUGCUGAAGAAAGAAGCCGACCGGAUCAGAGAAUUGAAAGCCAAGGCGCUUCAGGAGCCAAAACAGCAACCGCACACCGCUUGGAACCAAUUGGCCGCCGAGUUCAUAAAGCGGGACUCAGGCAGCUUGGCGGAGAAGUCCAAGUCGGCGGCAGAGAAGUAUCGCAACUUGACGCCCGAGGAGCGCGAGCACUACAACCACCUCGCCAACGAAGCAAAAGCCGCAAACGAAGCCGCCUACAAGACAUGGGUCGAGUCCCACACGCCAGAGCAGAUACGUCAGGCCAAUUCUGCACGCGUUCAGCUGAACAAGUUCGUGAGGAAGCGCAACGGGAAGCCUGCGAAGGCGCACAAGUACACGCGAAUCCACGACCACAGACUGGUCAAGCGCCCGGUUACCGCGUACAUGCAAUUCAAUAAGGAGCGGCACGCGUCCGGCGAUCUGAAGGGGUUGGCGGUCACGGAGUUCUCGAAGCUGGUGCGGGAUGAGUGGAAUGCGCUUUCCGAGAGCGAGAAGCAGAAAUAUAUGGGCUUCAGCCACCAAGAGCAAGAGCGCUACCGCCGCGAGUAUAAGGAAGUCUACGGCGAAGAGCCGCACUACAAAAGCUCGUCGAAGACUACUACGUCCCCUGAGCUUUAG